AUCUGUCAAAAUUAUUAUCCCUCCUCUAUAUCCACCACCACCACAAUGGCGGAAGAGACCGUGGCUCGACGAACCAACAGCUUUUCUAAUCCCCCAAAUUAUUCAUUUAUCUCUCACCGCCUCAACAAAACUCUCCGUGACUCCAAUAAACAGCCAAUAGUCCUUGUCGCAUGUGGAUCCUUCAGUCCAGUGACCUACCUCCACCUCCGUAUGUUCGAAAUGGCAAAGGAUUUCGUACGGCAGAACACAGACUUCGAAAUAGUCGGCGGAUAUCUCAGUCCUGUCAGCGAUAUGUACAAGAAACCAGGGUUGCUCAACGCCCGUCACAGAGUAAACAUGUGCACACUCGCUGCGGAACAAACGUCUUCGUGGCUAAUGAUUGACUCUUGGGAAGCUUUUCAAAGCUACCAGCGUACAGCCGUGGUGCUUGACCAUUUCGACUACGAGAUCAAUACAGUCCUUGGCGGUGUUCACACACAAAGUGGCGAGCACCGUAAUGUCAGGGUCAUGCUACUGGCUGGUUCUGACUUGAUCAGUACAAUGUCUGAACCUGGUGUAUGGUCACACGCUGAUUUGGAUCACAUCUUGGGACGCUACGGCACAUUUAUAAUUGAGCGUGCAGGAUCAGGCAUGGAUCAAGCUACGGACAGCUUGGCACGAUGGAGAAGUAACAUCUAUUUGAUUCCUCAGUUGAUUCAAAACGAUGUUUCGUCCACCAAAGUUCGCCUGUUCCUGCGCCGGGGUCUCUCGGUGAAGUAUCUCCUACCUGCUGCCGUAGUGGAAUAUAUCGAGGAGAACAAUUUAUACCUGGAUGAUGGUCCUGGAACGGAAAAGGAUAAAGGAAAAGAUACAGGAAGGCUUUGCAGUCAUGAUAGGGGAACUUUCAUAGAGUGGUCCCACGAGGCCUCAUUGGACGCCAGAUGUACGACUUCUUAGACCUUGCGUCAUCUGCUAUGCUCCAUCACCGUUGGACGGAAAGAAGUUACCUCUCUUUGUAUUUUUACGCCCAGCCUCUACACCUCAUGUUUGGAUUUUUUUUCUUCAUGACGCCUAAGCUUUUCUUUUACCGGAAAGGACGGUGUCACACGAUCAU